AUGGCGCCGCCUUUCAGAACCGACCAGAUCGGGUCACUUCUUCGUCCAUCAUUCCUGCUUGAGGCGCGCUCGAGCGUAUCAUCACCAGGUCAAAUGUAUGAUGUCCACGGCGAUCCCGCCAUCAAGGAAGCAGAAAAGCGAGCGAUCCUGCAAGUAAUAGCAAAGCAGCUCCAGCUUGGCAUCAGACCCAUAGUCUCUGGAGAAUACUGUCGCCAGAUCUUCUACGGCGGAUUUUUUGAAAUGCUCGCAGGCAUGACGGCCAUACCAGAUCUACCUAUUCCAGACGCUUUCCGAACAAACUUUCCCACUACAACUGGUCUCGCAGCAAUGGGCGCCAAGACCAGAGCCGCAGUCAAAUGUACCGGACCCAUCAAGUGGACUAAAAGUGCCUACCUGGACGAAUGGGAAAUGAUUAAAGAAGGUCUAGGACACGAUGAGAAGCUAUACAAAGAAGCCAAAAUUACUAUGCCAGCACCAACGUAUCAGCACAUCCAGCUCAAACCCGGAACAGCAUUCACACCAGAGUCCGGGUACUCGAGCGAUAUGCAGUACUUCCAAGCUCUCGCCGAAGCCUACGUCCAGGAAAUCUCAGCACUGUACUCGGCGGGUUGCAGAAACAUUCAAGUCGACGAUCCGCACCUCACAUAUUUUUGUUCCUCACAGUUCCUUUCAGGCUGUGCCAAGGACGGAACUGACACCGAUGAACUCCUGGACUUGUAUCUAGAAUCGCAUAACCUAUUUCUCCGAACCCUCCCGAAAGAUCUGCGAAUCGGUGUGCAUUUAUGUCGAGGCAACAUGUCCGGAUCAAAACAUUGGGUUACCGGGUCAUAUGACACCAUCGCUGAGAAAUUAUUCACCAAGACGGAUUACGAUACUUUUUACCUCGAGUUCGAUGAUCUGCAACGCAGUGGUGGAUUCGAGGUUUUGAGAUUUUUGCGGAAUGGGAAGAAUGUUGUUUUGGGACUUGUGAGUACGAAGAAAUUUCAGCUUGAGGUUGAAGAGGAUUUGGUGGGGAAGAUUCUUGAGGCUGCAGAGGUGGCGAAGGGAGGGUUGAAUGCUUUGGCGCUGAGUCCGCAGUGUGGAUUUUCGAGUUUGAGUGUUGCGGGUGGAGAGGGGAUGACUGAGGAGAGGAUGUGGGAGAAAUUGGAGUUGGUAAAGAAGGUGGCGAGGAAGGUGUGGGGGGAUGAUGAUGAUGAUGUUUGA